AUGAGCUUCCUGAGGAGAAUGAAGCAGGAUGAGCUGGCUGACUGUCUGCAGAGCAGACAUUGUCAACAUAAAGUUAAAUCUGGUCUGAAGGAGAAGUUCCAGUCUGUGUUUGAGGGGAUUGCUAAAGCUGGAAACUCAACCCUUCUGAAUGAGAUCUACACAGAGCUCUACAUCACAGAGGGAGGGACUGCAGAGGUCAAUGAUGAACAUGAGGUCAGACAGAUUGAAACAGCAUCCAGGAAACCACACAGACCAGAAACAACCAUCAGACAAGAAGACCUCUUUAAAGCCUCACCUGGAAGACAUGGACCAAUCAGAAGAGUGAUGACAAAGGGAGUGGCUGGCAUUGGGAAAACAGUCUUAACUCAGAAGUUCACUCUGGACUGGGCUGAAGACAAAGCCAACCAGGACAUCCUCUUCAUAUUUCCAUUGACUUUCAGAGAGCUGAAUGUGGUGAAAGAGAGAAAGUUCAGCUUGGUGGAACUUGUUCAUCACUUCUUCACUGAAACCAAAGAAGCAGGAAUCUGCAGCUUUGAAGACUUCCAGGUUGUGUUCAUCUUUGACGGUCUGGAUGAGUGUCGACUUCCUCUGGACUUCCACAAGACUCAGAUCCUGACUGAUGUUACAGAGUCCACCUCAGUGGAUGUGCUGCUGACAAACCUCAUCAGGGGGAAACUGCUUCCCUCUGCUCGCCUCUGGAUAACCACACGACCUGCAGCAGCCAAUCAGAUCCCUCCUGAGUGUGUUGACAUGAUGACAGAGAUCAGAGGGUUCACUGACCCCCAGAAGGAGGAGUACUUCAGGAAGAGGUUCAGAGAUGAGGAGCAGGCCAGCAGCAUCAUCUCCCAUAUCAAGACAUCACAAAGCCUCCACAUCAUGUGUCACAUCCCAGUCUUCUGCUGGAUCACUGCUACAGUUCUGGAGGAUGUGUUGGACACCAGAGGGGAAGGAGAGCUGCCCAAGACCCUGACUGAGAUGUACAUCCACUUCCUGGUGGUUCAGGCCAAAGUCAAGAAGGUCAAGUAUGAUGGAGGAGCUGAGACAGAUCCACACUGGAGUCCAGAGACCAGGAAGAUGAUUAAGUCUCUGGGAAAACUGGCUUUUGAUCAGCUGCUGAAAGGAAACCUGAUCUUCUAUGAAUCAGACCUGACAGAGUGUGGCAUCGAUAUCACAGCAGCCUCAGUGUACUCAGGAGUGUUCACACAGAUCUUUAAAGAGGAGAGAGGCCUGUACCAGGACAAGGUGUUCUGCUUCGUCCAUCUGAGCGUUCAGGAGUUUCUGGCUGCAGUUUACAUGAUCCACUGUUACACCAACAGGAAGACAAAGAAGCUGCAGGACUUCCUGGGAAGAAACUACUAUUACUCACCUCUGGAUGAGUUUCUGAUCAGAGUCAUGAUUAAAUCCCUGGAGAGUAAAAAUGGUCACCUGGACCUGUUAGUUCGCUUCCUUCAUGGCCUCUCUCUGGAGUCCAACCAGAGGCUCUUAGGAGGUCUGCUGGGUCAGAGAAAGAACAGUCCAGAAAUCAUCCAGAGAUCCAUCAACAACCUGAAGGAGAUGAACACUGUUAGAAUCUCUCCUGACAGAAGCAUCAACAUCUUCCACUGUCUGAUGGAGAUGAACGACCUCUCAGUUCAUCAGGACAUCCAAGAGUUCCUGAAGUCAGAGAACAGAUCAGAGGAGAAACUCUCUGAUAUCCACUGCUCAGCUCUGGCCUACAUGCUGCAGAUGUCAGAGGAGGUUCUGGAUGAGUUGGACCUGAAGAAGUACAACACAUCAUUGGAGGGACGACGGAGACUGAUCCCAGCUGUGAGGAACUGCAGAAAGGCUCAACUUGUUUUCUGUGGACUCUCAGAGAGUCACUGUGAAGUCGUGGCCUCAGCUCUGAAGUCCAACCCCUCCCAUCUGAAACAUCUGGAUCUCAGUCACAACAAGCUGGAGGAUUCAGGAGUGAAGGAGAUCAGCUGUGAUUCUCUGGUCUCAGCUCUGAAGUCCAACCCCUCCCAUCUGAAACAUCUGGACCUGAGUCACAACUACCUGAAGGAUUCAGGAGUGAAGCAGCUGUGUGGUUUUCUGGAGAAUCCAGACUGUAGACUGGAGACUCUGGAGUUGAGUUACUGCAGUUUGUCAGAGAUCAGCUGUGAUUCUCUGGUCUCAGCUCUGAAGUCCAACCCCUCCCAUCUGAAACAUCUGGACCUGAGUGUAAACAACCUGAGGGAUUCAGAUGUGAAGCAG